AAUGGCGUUGUUCGUACUAGCAGACUUGAGUUAGUUCUUAUUAUUCAGUAUUUGGGAUACAUACGCAGCUUUAGACCCGACAGUAUGGCAACCCUGGAUCAGAAAUCACCCAAUGUGCUUCUCCAGAGCCUCUGCUGCAGAAUCACGGGGAAAAGCGAAGCUGAAGUUGCCCACCAGUUCCAGUAUGCAGUGCGAGUCAUUGGGAGUAACUACGCCCCCACUAUUGAACGGGAUGAGUUCCUGGUGUCGGAGAAGAUCAAGAAAGAAUUGCUGAAGCAGAGGAGAGAAGCCGACGCUGCUCUGUUCUCAGAGCUGCAUCGAAAACUCCAGACGCAGAGUGUGUUGAAGCACCGCUGGUCUGUUCUCUACUUGAUGCUCAGCCUCUCUGAAGACCCCCGCAAACCAUCUGGCAGGGUUGGAAACUAUGGAGCACUCUUUGCCCAGGCCCUCCCCAGGGAUGCCCACUCCACCCCGUUUUACUGCACCCGGCCCCAGAGCCUGGCCCUGGGCUACGGGGAGAGGAGCGCCGGGCUGCCGGCCAGUGUGGGGACCAGCGGUAUCUCCAGCCUGGGGGUGUACACACUGAACGGGCCCACGGCGACGCCUCAGUCACUGCUGUCUGGUCUGCCCCCUCAGUCUGCAGCCAGUCAGACUCUGGGUUCCCGGCUGGCCUGGGCCCUUCCUGUCAGCUGCUCCCCUUCCUCCGCUCUGGCCCCUCUCGCCACUCGACCGCUGCUCGGACCAUCAGUCCCCUCCUCCCGAGUGGUCCGACCUCGCAAAGACGGCGAGGUGAGCGAGGCGGCUCUGGUGCGGGACAUCCUGUACGUCUUCCAGGGAAUCGACGGCAAGUUCAUCAAGAUGAGCGCCCAGGAUAACUGCUACAAGAUAGACGGCAAGGUGGUGCUGUGCAAAUCCCUGAGGGACACCAGCAGCCGGCUGGCGGAGCUCGGCUGGCUCCACAACAAAGUCAGGAAGUACACCGAUGCCAGGAGCCUGGACCGGGCUUUCGGACUGGUCGGACAGAGCUUCUGUGCCGCGCUGCACCAGGAGCUGAAGGAGUACUACAGGCUGCUGUCUGUCCUCCACUCCCAGCUGCAGGUGGAGGAUGAGCAGGGUGUGAUGGUGUGCACAGAGAGCAGUCUGACUCUCAGGAGGCUCCUAGUUUGGAUGUAUGACCCUAAAGUCCGACUCAAAACGCUGGCUGCCCUCGUCGACUUCUGCCAAGGUCGGAAAGGAGGCGAGCUUGCGUCAGCGGUCCACUCUUACGGGAAGACGGGAGACCCACAGAUGAGAGCACUGGUCCAACACAUCCUCAGCCUGGUGUCCAACCCCAUCCUCAACUUCCUGUAUCGCUGGAUCUACGACGGGGAGCUGGAGGACACCUACCACGAGUUCUUUGUAGCAUCAGAUCCCAACGUGAAGGCAGACCGUCUGUGGCACGACAAGUACUCCCUCAGGAAGUCCAUGAUCCCCACAUUCAUUACCAUGGACCAGGCCCGCAAGGUCCUGCUGAUCGGUAAAUCCAUCAACUUCCUGCAUCAGGUUUGUCAUGACCGAACACCGCCGGGCAAAAUCACGCCGGCCUCCAACUCUGCAGACACACCCAGAGACGCUGCAGAGCUGCUGUCAGACCUGGAGGGGGCGUUCCAGGAGAAGAUCGACGCCGCCUACUUCGACACCAGCAAAUACCUGCUGGACGUCCUCAACCGCAACUACCUGCUGCUGGAGCACCUGCAGGCCAUGAGGAGAUACCUGCUGCUGGGCCAGGGAGACUUCAUCAGACACCUGAUGGACCUGCUCAAACCGGAGUUAGUGCGUCCCGCCACCACUCUGUACCAACACAACCUGACUGGGAUCUUAGAGACUGCCGUCAGAGCCACCAACGCUCAGUACGACAACGCAGAGAUCCUCAAGAGGCUGGAUGUACGCCUGCUUGAGGUAUCUCCAGGUGACACCGGCUGGGAUGUUUUCAGUCUGGACUACCACGUCGAUGGACCCAUUGCUACGGUGUUUACAAGGGAGUGUAUGGGCCACUACCUGCGUGUGUUCAACUUCCUGUGGAGGGCGAAGAGGAUGGAGUACACACUGACGGACAUCUGGAAGGGACAGAUGUGUAACGCCAAGCUGCUCAAAACCAUGCCAGAGUUGUCGGGCGUGCUGCAUCAGUGCCACAUCCUGGCCUCCGAGAUGGUCCACUUCAUCCACCAAAUGCAGUACUACAUCACCUUCGAGGUGCUGGAGUGCUCCUGGGAUGAGCUGUGGAACAGAGUACAGCAGGCGCAGGACCUCGACCACAUCAUCGCCGCCCACGACCUCUUCCUCGACAGCGUCAUCUCAAGAUGCCUGCUAGACAACAGCAGCAGGAAUCUUCUGAACCAGCUGAGGGCCAUAUUCGACCAGAUCAUCGAGUUUCAGAGCGCCCAGGACUCGCUGUACCGCUCGGCUCUGGAGGAGCUCACCCUGCGGCUGCAGUUUGAGGAGAAGAAGCAGCAGAGAGAGGAGGAGGGUCAGUGGGGAGUGACGGCCGAGCAGGAAGCAGAGGAGAAGAAGAGGAUCCAGGAGUUCCAGGAAACCAUACCAAAGAUGCGCUCCCAGCUCCGCAUCCUCACACACUUCUACCAGAACAUCGUGCAGCAGUUCCUGGUGUUGCUGAUGACCAGCACGGAUGAGAGUCUGCGUUUCCUCAGCUUCAGACUGGACUUCAACGAGCACUACAAGGCCAGGGAGCCGAGGCUGCGAGCAUCUCUAGGAACCAACAGGGGGCGACGGCCUUCAAACAUCUGACGUGACGACCAAGACUUUGACGAGCGAGGCUCCCACUCAUUGGAGCGUUCGGGGUAUGACAUCAAAGCUGUGACAUCGCCCAGCAGACUUAAGCGUCGAGAUGAUGAUGUCAUGCCUUGGAGGAACGAACGAGCAGUAGCCGCCAAGUGAUGACAUCACAGCAGACGGCUCCAGUGAGGUCCGCUGUGUGGAAAUCACAGAGGAGUAAAGUCCAGUAAAUCAAACUUUGAAGGGCUGUAAAACAGACUGAGCUCCCCGAGUCACACAGGCAUGCCUUAAAAUGAACGAGGAAAAGGAACAAUUUCCUCAGCGUGGGUUGCCAAAACUAGUCCCAUCACACGUAAUGUAUGUACAUAGAGUUUAUGCAAAGAUGUAAAUGUGUGUGUGUGUGUUUGCAUCUCGACACCGUCACCAUCUUCUCACUAGGGUUCAACCGAUACGGGUGUGAUCUUUUUGCAGUUUUGUAUUUGUAGCAGACAAUAAAACGAUUAGAGCAUUUCUUAGGACAAUUUCUCGCUGUGUUCCUGCUGCAGAUCUGCUGGAAACACCGACACUGUGCAGUCUGCAGGAUAUUGAAUAUUUAAGGUCAAUAUCGGCACACCGGUGUAUUGGUCUAACCCUAGUUCUACAAUCUCGCCUCCUUUACAAUCCAGGGUUUUGAGUGUGUGCGGUCAGCUGAUCACAAUCAUACGGAGGGUUUUGUACGACACUCUCUCUGGCUCUUGCAGACAAAAAGCCCUGUUGUUUCAGACUUUGUUUACACCUUACAUGACAUAAGAUGUUGAUUUUAAUAUUCAGUUUGAUAUAUUUGUGAGGCGUAGGAAUCUAAAUCUCACAGGUUGUUUUUGAGUUUAGAUUUAAGUUGUUUCUCUGCUCAGUUUUGUUUGUAUGAGAUGAAGCAACAACAACCACAACAACCUCACUCCACUCAUUUCAUAAACAACAGGAACUAUAACUAAAAAUGUAAAUAUUUCCAAAUGAAAGUCUGUAUUUAACAAUCUGUUUAUUUUCUGAAGUCCGACGUUAUACAGAAGGAUGUGCUGUAUGUAGUGUUAAUAGAUAAGGUUUGCUCUGUGUGCAUAGUGAGAAAAAGCAGGUGGAUUUGGUUCAGUAUGGUCGCUGUUUAUUACCUCCCCACUUUAUAAUAAUGAAUAACUAUCUGCUGGAAUUGCUGGUAUUAAAAAUCGAAUGCUUUUUGCUUUAAAAAAUAGCCGAAAUUGUUUGGAUUGAAAAGUCAACAGCAUUUUAAUCACCAAAGUAUUACAAUCAUUCUCAUGCAAACAGCAUCGAUCUCACCUUAUAGGAGCUCUGAUCCUGGGUCAGCAAGGACUUCUGAAAGACGUCAUUUGAAAUGAUAGUUAAUGUAUUAUUAUAGAUCCAGAGGCUAAAAAAAACACUCUUACUUCAACUGUAAUUUAAGUCACAAAUGUUUCCUUUGGACUGUAUUAACUUCUGCAAAGCAAUCUUUAUCAAAGUACCCUCCCAUCUUUCAAACUGGUGCUGCAUACGGUCACUGCUCUCUGACAUUGCAUUCUGUACUGUGUGUCUCUGUCUGUCCUCUACAUCCUAUAGCACAUGUAUAGAAUAUAGGGACUCAAACCAUCCCGCGUCUUCUUUAAUAAAAGGUUUUUCAUUA